GCGGCAGCGCUCCCGCGGCGUGUGCGUGGAUGGCCCUGCGCGGCCCGCGAUGGCUGCGCGCUGAUGGCCCAGCCCGCGCCGCUCGCCAUGGCUGCCAGAGACGAGCUGUACAGCAAAGUCAUCCCCCGGCGGAACCGCCAGCACCGCGCCGGGACCAUCAAACACGGCUCCUCGCUCGAGAUCCUGCUCUCCAUGGGCUUCCCGAAAGCACGGGCACAAAAAGCACUGGCAUCGACAGGUGGAAGAAGUGUUCAAGCAGCAUGCGACUGGCUCUUCUCCCACGUGGGUGACCCGUUCCUGGACGACCCCCUGCCCCGGGAGUACGUCCUGUACCUGCGCCCCACGGGCCCCCUGGCUCAGAAACUCUCUGACUUCUGGCAGCAGUCGAAGCAGAUCUGUGGGAAGAACAAAGCUCACAACAUUUUCCCACAUAUCACCCUGUGCCAGUUCUUCAUGUGUGAGGACAGCAAGGUGGAUGCUCUCACAGAGGCCCUGCAGGCCACCGUGAUGCGCUGGAAGUGCAAAUUCCCCGCCCCUCUGCCCCUGGAGCUCUACACAUCCUCCAACUUCAUCGGGCUUUUCGUCAAGGAGGAGAGUGCUGAGGUGCUCAAGAAGUUUGCUGCAGACUUUGCUGCGGAGGCGGCUUCAAAAGCAGAUGUUCACGUGGAGCCCCACAAGAAGCAGCUCCACGUGACACUGGCCUAUCACUUCCAGAGCAGCCACCUGCCCACGCUGGAGAAGCUGGCCCAGAACAUUGAUGUCAAGCUGGGCUGUGACUGGGUGGCCGCGAUCUUCUCCCGAGACAUUCGCUUCGUCAACCACGAGACUCUGCAGGUGAUCUACCCCUACACCCCCCAGAACGAUGAUGAGCUGGAGCUGGUCCCAGGGGACUUCAUUUUCAUGUCCCCAGUGGAACAAACCAGCACAAGUGAGGGCUGGAUUUACGGCAUUUCCCUGGCAACCGGCUGCUCCGGGCUGCUGCCCGAGAACUACAUCACCAAGGCGGAUGAAUGUGGCACCUGGGUGUUCCAUGGGUCCUACUCAAUCCUGAAUACUACAUCCUCCCCAUCCCUUCAAGGCUUCGCUGAUGGAGCUCUGGAGAGAAGACAGCAGGAAGACCAAGGACCUGGGGAUGCAGGGCCACUCACCAUCAUCUGCCAGAACGUGCAGCCCCUGAGGAUAACCAGCCAUCCAGGGCCUCAGAAACGCUGCCUGUUUGUCUGCAGGCACGGGGAAAGGAUGGAUGUGGUUUUUGGGAAGUACUGGUUGUCCCAGUGUUUCGAUGCCAAAGGAAGGUACAUGCGCAGUAACCUGAACAUGCCUCACAAUUUACCUCAGAGAAGUGGUGGGUUCAGGGAUUACGAGAAGGACGCUCCCAUCACCGUGCUGGGCUGCACACAGGCCAGGCUGGUUGGUGAAGCCUUGCUAGAAACUAAUACCAUUGUAGACUACAUCUACAGCUCCCCAUCCCUGAGGUGUGUGCAGACAGCACACAACAUCCUGAAAGGUAUGCAACAGGAAAACAACCUGAAAAUCCGGAUAGAGCCAGGCCUGUUCGAGUGGACCAAGUGGGUCUCUGGGAACACACUACCUGCCUGGAUCCCCCCUGUGGAUUUAGCUGCAGCUACUCUAAGCGUUGAUACAACCUACAGACCUCAUAUUCCUGUCAGCAAGUUGGUGGUUUCUGAAUCUUAUGACACCUACAUAAGUAGAAGCUACCAAGUAACAAAGGAAAUCAUCAGUGAAUGUAAAGGCAAAGGAAAUAACAUCCUGAUAGUGGCCCAUGCAUCCUCCCUGGAGGCCUGUACCUGCCAGCUCCAAGGGCUGUCUCCACAGAACUCCAAGGACUUUGUGCAGAUGGUCCGAAAGAUUCCAUACCUGGGGUUUUGCUCCUGUGAAGAACUGGGAGACACGGGUGUUUGGCAGCUCACAGACCCCCCCAUCCUCCCUCUCACACAUGGACCAACUGGAGGCUUUAACUGGAGAGAAACCUUACUACAGGAAUAGGCAAAGCCACCCCAGCCAGGAAAACCCAACCCAUGGCCUUUGGAAGCGUUGGAGAAUGUCUCUUCUCUCUUGUGUUUUAUUGACAGUGGAAAAACAGUCAUCCCAUGUCCAGGGGGUCACCCAAGCAGCUGUUCUGGUGUAUCUCACACAGCCACAGUCACGCAAAGAGUCUCAUCCACGACUAGAAUACAAAAAGGGACUGAUUUGAGGGGGAAAAAGGUAUUAAAAUACAGGUUUGAAGGUCUUGCACAGCACAGAGUCUGUGCUGAGCCAUGUUCCCACCUGGGAGGGAGCCCUGGUGACACUUUCACUGCCAUCUGCACCCCCUUAGGAACACCCAGCACUGGGUCAGUGGAGCAUCCAGGAUGCUGGGGCUGGGUUUUUUUUCCACUACUGUUUUUGCAGAGCAUUAGCAGGCUCCUUCAGCACCACAGCCCCCAAAUUCUCAGCACCUUUUCAUCACCACCAGCUGCAAAGGAGGGUCCAGCACCAGGUUGGUUCCUCUCCUGUGUCUGAGCACUGUGGUGGGUGUUGUGCUGGAUGCAGAGGUUGAUGGGUGUUGACCUGCACCACAGGACAAUCCCAAAUUUCCCAUCAGUUACAGGUGAAGUUUGAGCAUCAAAAGUUGUCAUGAACAAAGACUGGGAGCAGUUUCUUUUAAGUGCAGAUAAAAUAAACCUAUUUCAACCAAACCUGGAGGAUUUAGAAAAGUUCAGGGUUGGGUGUUUUUUUUCCCUUUACUUUGAUUAUUGAAACCCAUCCCUGUGCACAGGCACAGCCUGAAGCAUUUGUGCCAUUUCAAUUCCCUUCAGAAAAGUGGUUUCCCUUUCAUACUGAGAUUUUGUGCUGGUCAUUUACACAGGGGUGGCUUUCUGUGCCUUGGGAGCUAUUUUUUUUUGUCAGCCCUGGUGAGAUUCUGCAGUAAGCAGCUUUCUCCAGGAGGGAAUGAUGAAACUCAAAAAGAUGCUGGAAUUCAGUGCUUUGCUUCCUUUAUCCUUAAUUCCCAAGUGCCAUCUGUCAUAAAGACAAAGCAGCUGAAAAAAAAACCCCAGUACACUUAAAUUUAGGAGCAACAUGCUUUAGCCUAUGAAGAUGUUAUUUAUCCAGGGGGGGAAGGGUUAGGAUUUUGGGAGAAGGGGAAGAGGAGAGUUUCCAUCUUUAACUAAAAUCUUUGGAAUCACAAGAGGGGUCCUCCUGGUGCAAGAGCCUGCAGGAUGCCAGUGCCAGCUGUGUCACAGGAGAAUGCAAAAUGCACCACAGUGGGUAGUUUAGAGAAUAAAGUGGCAUCAGAGCAGGGGGGUUUUUUUUGGAUUAGAAUUAUCUAAGUCAUCAGCCUUGGAUGAAAAUGUUGCUGCAGACACUUGUAUGGAUCUCAUCACUGUCAGAAGGUACUUAAAAAUGUGUUGGAGUGGGAUGAUAGAGAUUUAGGCUAUUUAGGCAUAGCCCUUUCUUGGUUUGAGCCAUAAAUCUGAGUAUUCCCAGAAAUAGGAUCAUCCCAGAAUGGUUUGGGUUGGAAGGGACCUUAAAGUUCAUCUCAUUCCACCCCCCUGCCAUGGGCAGGGACACCUUCCACUGGACCAACAUCCCACCUGGCUUUGGACACUUCCAGGGAUGGGGCAUCAACAGUUUCACUGGGCAACAAAGAGUGAAAACAAGGUAACAAUAAAAAAAUAGCAUCAAAGGAACAUUCAGAUCUACCAAGGAGACAUUCCAGCAUCCUUCUGUCCUGCUUUUCCUCUGCAGAAAGUGUCAGGGCCCUCAUUUGAAAUGUGUGAACGGCACACAGGUCAACACUGGCCCAAUUUGAUGUAGGUUUAAUAUUCCUAGAUCAGAGUUGCCUUGGUGUUGAUUUAUUUUAAGCCAUCCAGCCCUGCAGCAGGACUGGUCUCACCUCCCCCAGGACACAUCCAAGCUGCCCUUCCAGCAGCCAGAACAAACCAGGAGUCACAAACUGCAAUUCCCUCUUCCUAAACGAGGCAAAACUGGGAUGCACCAGACCCAGAAGGGUUUAGCUCAGCUUCUCUCUGGGUUUAAUCGAGCUUGAACACCACAUUCUGUACAUAUUUCCAGCCAGCACAGAGCUCACCCUGUGCAAAAUCCUGUCCACUGUCACCAUCUGUAGGAAUAUUCUGGGAUUUGGACCUUUCUGACUGUGUAACACACCCUGGGCCACUUGUAAGUGCAUUAUUAUCCCAGGGAUGUAACUGCAAAGUCAGGGAGAUAAUUCAUGGGAUGACAGAGCAAACUGCUCCUGGGCAGGUUUAUCACUGUCAGGUUGAUUUUUAAUUGUAAUUUAAACUGGUUUUGGCUGUGUAAAGACAUCCUGAAGAGCAUUUCUGGCUUGUUUUCCUCCACGCUUAAAAACUUAAGUAGUUGACAAUCACACCAAAAGAAAUUUGGUUCCUGAUGUGGAAUUCUCCAGAUUGCUUUUUGUUUCAUGCUGGGGGUCAGCCAGAUGUAAUUUGGGCAAUAAAUAGUAUUAUAUUAUAAUAUCUAUUGCCUGUACAAAGCAGUAGAGGCAAUAAAAUUAUUAUAUUAUAAUAUUUAUUGCCUGUACAAAGCAGUGGAGGCAAUACAAUUAUUAUAUUAUAGUAUUUAUUGCCUGUACAAAGCAGUGGAGGCUGCUCAGCCCCUGCUGCAGUUAAGUGACAUUAAAAGAAGUUGGUUUUUUUUAAGCAGAAGCAUGAAACAGAGAGGGAACAAAACCUGAAUGCACAAUUUGAAUAGUGUACAAGCUGCUCUUUGCAUAUAGUGAUACAGAAGAAUGUUCUGUUGGAGAAGGUAGUGGUAAAAUACUCUCUUCUUUAAAAAAAAAAAAAAAGUAUAUUUUUUGAUGUUUGGGAAAGUAUUUUGACAAUUGUAGUCUUGUCUCCAAUUAGGUGUCAAGAAAGAAAGAAAAAUCUUAUUUUCUUCUAGCAUUUUGAUUUCUCUUUGGGGUUUUGUGUUGUCUCAUGUUGGUAAGGUUUAUCUGGGGGGGGGGAAAAGAAUAAAAAAUUGUUCCUUUUAAAUUUUUAAUUGAGAAAUUAAGGGUACAAAACAAUUGCUGCUUCACUUUCACUCCAUUGCUGCUCAUUAAUGUGUGUUUAAGUCACUCCAGUGUUUUGUCCUAAAUUUAGACUUGACCUAUGUCAAGUCUUUCCCCUGCCUUCACUUUGAGCUGCAUCAGAUCCCAACAGUCUCAUCAGGUUGUAGGAGGCAAAUAGUUCCCAGAUUUUUCCCUAAUUAAGGAAUGAAGCUGCCAAGAAUAAAUUGUUAAUUCAGUAUUUUCAUGAAUUGCAACUCAUGGGUUGGGUUAGAAAAAUAAAAGAGUCAAAUUGACACCAUAAAUUGAAAUCACAGUUUUGCUUUCUUAUGCAAAAUGAGGAUCCAGACCAUAAUAACCUAAGAAAACCACAGUUAUUUCCCUUUUCUCUCAGACUGAACAGUUUCAGGAAGAAGUUGGCUGAGAGCAGGAGCCUCCUUCUCCCCUCUGAUAUUAGAUUUUAGUGUCCAUGUUACCGUGAGAGUGAUAAUUUUUAUCACCAAAGAAUGAGUUUGGUUUGUGGUUUGCUUUGUUUCUUAAAAAAAAAAAAAAAAAAAAGAGCCUGAGCACAGAGGAAAUUAUUUUUAAGUUAAAAAUACACAUGAGAUGAUGAUGGGGGCAGACACGCUUGAAAUGGUGGAUCAAUGAAGUAAAUAAAUGUAAUUAAGCAGGAGGUGUGAUUGGCUGCAAACACCCUAAAUUGCUACUCACUGCUCACCACUUCCUCAAAUACUCGUUCCCUGGGGAAUAUUCAUGCCCUGCACAUGCUUCCUGACAGAAAACACACAGCCAGUUCCUUUAUUAUUUCCCAUUCAAAUAUAUUUUCUGAAGUUUCUCUCAGUGACAUCCCUUCAAACUCGAUGUUAUCAACUUUUUCUGGUGUUUCAUUUUCAACCUGUUGUAGCAUUCUGUUUAUUAUGUUGUUGUUUUUUUUCUUUUAGUGUGAGCAGAUUGUAUUUAUUUGAGGGGGGAAAAAAAUGUUUGCUGUUUAAAAAAACCAAUAAUUGUAUUGCCAAAAAUAGCUGUAAUUACCUGUGACAUCUGUAUUUUUUUAUUUUGGGGGCGGGUGGGGGGGGUUGGUUGGUUGUUUUUAAUCUCAGUUUCGAGUGCUAACAACUGUUAAAACAACCACUGCAGUUUAAUUCGCUUCUGACAUUAAAUGGAUUUCUCGGAAGUCAGACAAAAAAAAAAAAAGAAGUCUCAUAGGUGAUUUAAUAAAGAUGCCAAACACCCUUCCUAUUCCA